AUGACAACUGCACCGCCGGUGCAUCACUCUGGCCCAGAUAGUGGUAUACCCGGCCAUCUCGUCAACCAUCUUCCUCGCUAUCAUCCCAUUGCCAUGAAUCCGAAUCCGCCUCCACACCAAAUGCCACCUCCGGAGCAGAUGGUGCAGAGCCACCAUUUCCGUCAUUUCGCGCCGCCUAUGCAUGAGCAUCAUCCCCCACCAGGAGUACCGCCAGUACACAGUCCAGCUUCUUUGGAGCAUAUUGAAGCUCGACUCCGGCAUCUAGAGCACGAGGAAAUGGCCCGGAACGCUACCCGUAGUCGCAUCUUGGCAAUGCGCAAGCAUGAAGACGAGGAAUUUCGAGCAAUGACGGAGCGAGCCGAGGCAGAGGAAGAGGACCUUCGAAGACAACGCAAAAAGUUAAAGAGAGAGUCUAUGGGCCUGGGGCUCAAUGCCGCGGUGCAGCAACAACAUUGGCUUUCUUCAAGCAGCAGAGUCCCCCCGAGCCCCGUCAAGCACCCCUUCCACCUUCAUCUCAGGCACCCCCCCUCAAUGCCGCCACCCCAUAUGCACGCCCAACCUCAUCAUCAAGCUCCCCCGCCUCCCCCACCAUCUCAGCAUCAACACCCAAUGCUUCCCCAUGACUCAAUACACAGCGGCUCUAUCCGCCGCAAGCAAAAAUACACCAUCAAAAAUGUAGAGGCAUGGGGCGAACGCCACGGCCGACCAGCAGCCCAUGACCCAUCCGGGCGAGCGUUGUGGAAACGGCCCUCAGACGGAAGCCUAGUAUAUCUCACCUGUCCGAUCCACGGCUGUGGGAAAUCGGACUUCGUCACCCUGCACGGCUUCAUGUGCCAUCUCACCAAGAAACACAAAGACCGCACCCUGGGCAGCCAGUCCCGCGCCCUCGAAGUCUGCGGUGUAGUCAACGACCCGAACGCUCCCCUCCCACCAGUCAUGAACAACCACCGGGGCUCAGCAGAAGGAAGUCCGCCGGGCUCAAUUCCACUGGACCACGACGGCGACCAGCAGUACGAGGACAUGGACUCGGAGUCCGAGGGUGAGCUGGAGCGCGAGGGUUCCUACCGAGUCAAAACCGAAGUUCUAGAACGGUUCAUGCCCGAUGCAGAGGUCACUCCUAUCGAUUCCGCUGCAGCAACACCACCCAAGCAUGCAGUCAACGGAUCCACCAAGCAGUCCAUCUCGUCUAUUAUUGACCGCACGCCGGAGACAGAACCCAGAGAGGCGCUGGCGACGCUUCCACCGUCAGAAUCUGGUGUCCAGGGUCCAUCUCCUACACCAACUGAGUCGUCUGUGCCGUCGAAGCGCAAGUAUGAAUUCUCGCCUGCGGCGGAAAAAGAAAAUGCGGAGCCUUAG